AAUAGUCAUAUUACCCUUCUAGUAAUUUCUCAUUAACAAAAUUUCCCUCCAUUUUAAUUCUCUGUUUUGGUUCAAGGGAAAGAAAAAUAAUGGAAAUGGAAAUGGAAAGAAGGAAGGAUUUCAAAGGGGAUGAAGAUCGUGAUCAUGUCACUGUUGAUUGGAGAGGAAGACCCUCCAAUCCCCUCUCCCAUGGUGGAAUGAGAGCAGCUGCUUUUGUUCUUGGACUGCAAGCAUUUGAGAUAAUGGCGAUCGCUGCAGUCGGGAACAAUCUGAUAACAUAUGCGAUAAAUGAGAUGCACUUUUCACUGUCAAAAUCAGCAAACGUGGUCACAAACUUUGUUGGGACAGUGUUCCUUUUGGCUCUUGUUGGUGGUUUCCUUUCAGAUUCUUAUCUUGGCAGUUUUUGGACCAUGCUCGUCUUUGGCUUUGUUGAACUUUCUGGAUUCAUAUUACUGUCAGUUCAAGCUCAUCUGCCCCAACUAAAGCCACCACAAUGCAAUAUGCUAAGUGAAGAUGGGGAGAAUUGUGAGGAAGCCAAAGGGUUAAAGGCAUUGAUAUUCUUUGUGGCACUGUAUUUGGUGGCCUUAGGGAGUGGGUGUGUGAAACCCAACAUGAUAGCUCAUGGGGCUGACCAAUUUAGCCCACAAAAUAACCCAAAGCACUCAAAAAAGUUGUCAACUUAUUUCAAUGCUGCAUAUUUUGCCUUCUCUGUGGGAGAGCUCAUUGCCCUCACUCUUGUGGUGUGGAUCCAAACUCAUUCUGGGAUGGAUGUUGGAUUUGGAGUCUCAGCUGCUGUUAUGGCCAUGGGAUUGAUCUCUUUGGUUGGGGGGAUUUUUUACUACAGGAAUAAACCUCCUCAAGGACCCAUUUUCACCCCUAUUCUUCAGGUUUUUGUUGCUGCUCUUUUGAAGAGAAAGCAAGUUUGUCCUUCCAAUCCUCAUAUGCUUCAUGGAAGCCAAAACAAUGUUGAUCAUAAAGUUGCUUUAUCCUCUGAUUCUGCCAACCUUAUUCCCACUCAAAAGUUCAGGUUCCUGGACAAGGCUUGUAUCAAAAGCCAAGAUGGGGAAACAAAGGAGAGCCCAUGGAGAUUGUGCACUCCCACUCAAGUUGAGCAAGUGAAGAUUUUAAUUUCAGUUGUCCCAAUAUUUGCUUGCACAAUUAUAUUCAACACUAUAUUGGCUCAGCUCCAAACAUUUUCAGUCCAGCAAGGGAGUUUGAUGAACACUGAACUAACCAAAUCCUUCCACAUUCCUCCAGCUUCACUUCAAGCCAUUCCUUACAUUAUGCUCAUCUUCAUCGUCCCUUUAUACGACACUUUCUUCGUCCCAUUUGCAAGAAAAUUCACUGGCCACACCUCCGGAAUCUCUCCCCUAAAACGCAUCGGCUUUGGCCUCUUCCUAUCGACAUUUUCGAUGGUUUCAGCAGCCAUAAUGGAGAAAAAGAGGAGAGAUUCAGCUCUGAAUUUGAACCAAACGGUAUCGAUCUUCUGGAUCACCCCGCAAUUCCUCAUUUUCGGGUUAUCGGAGAUGUUCACAGCAGUUGGGCUCAUCGAGUUCUUCUACAAGCAAUCAUCAAAAGGAAUGCAAGCAUUUUUAACAGCCAUUACAUACUGUUCAUACUCUUUUGGAUUCUACCUGAGCUCACUGUUAGUGUCAAUGGUGAAUAAGAUCACAGCAACAUCCUCCAAUGGAGGUUGGCUCCAUGACAAUAACCUAAACAAAGACAGACUUGAUCUCUUCUACUGGCUGUUGGCCAUACUCAGCUUCCUAAAUUUUCUUAACUAUCUCUUCUGGUCAACAUGGUUCGAUGAACAUCCAUCCCUCUCACAGAAGCAACACCAUGACGAAAAUCCCCACCAUGGAGAAGACUAUCACAGUUAUAAUUUCAAUUCUUCAAAGACCAAUAUCGACGAAUAUGUACCUUGAUUAAAUGAUCUUUCACCAUUUUUUCACCUUUUUUAGAUGAAAAAAUCAAUAUAACCUAGGGGAGUCAAUAGAAGGAAUAUAAGUAAUCUACCUGAUAUAUGUGUUUAGAAUUUAGGGUUUAGGGUUUGCUGAUAUAUGUACUUAGUGUUGUGUAGAGAAGAAACAAAAUAAUAUUAUAAGUAGAAAUCCUAUAUAUUAUCCUCAAAUGAAUGUCAAAAGUUGCAUUCCAUCCAUUGAAAAGAGGAUCAUUCUUUCUAGGAGAGGUUGGACUAUAAAACCCUCUUACUUC